AUGAAGCCCGUCGUCGCGACCAAAGGCAAAUCAGUCCAGAUCAGAUACGAACUGCCACACCGAGUUCACGACGCGACACCCUACCCGGCCAAAGCCCCCAAUGGGUCGACUAUUCUACUCUAUGCACAUGACACUGGCGUGGGUAUCGUCUGGAGGGGAGGGCGCCCCAUCAAGAAAAGCGCGUCGCCGCCCAAGCAGCCGCCCAAGCCGCAGAAGGUCAACGGGACCAGCAACGACGCCAUCAUGAUCAUUGAUUCUGACGACGAUGAGCCUGCAAACGCCGCCCCACAGCCCGCACCCGAAGCCGAGUUCGAGGACGAGGAGGAAGAGCUCGACCCCGACCAGCCAUACCCAUCAGUCAUACAGCAGUUGAGCCUGUCUCUCAACACCGAGGUCCUGCACAUCGCCGUGCCUCAAAUACCCACCGCUUCCUCGUUGCGACCUGCCGAGACAAUACCGCCUAUUUUUGGCAAGAAGAUGGUCUUCACAGUCAUCUGUGCCGACUGCACUGUGCGAGUUAUCACCAUGCCCUUGAAUCCCCCACCACAUUCAGCGAAAGAGCGGUGCCUCAAUGCGAAGUCGCAGUUUGGCGAAGACAUUGUUAGGAUUCACGGACACCAGAGCAUUGCGCGGGGUGUCACUAUGACGUGGACAUCCAAGGGCGAGCCAGGCCUCGAACGCGAGCCUGAGGACGACAUGGAUGUAGACGACGAGGUAGACACAUCUGCUACGCCUGGCCGCCGGCGAAAAAAGCAACAGAACCGCUCACGUUCACAAACUCACAACACCGAUGGGUAUGACCUGCUUCUUGCCACACAUUCCGCUGAAAUGGGAGGACUGUUGAAAAUCUGGCGCCUUGAGCUUGGGGAAGCUUCGCUCAACGUAGCAUAUCCUAUCGCACCAUACAAAACCCUAACGCUACGAAAACCUGCCUCUUGUGUUGCUUUCAGUACCGCGCAAUAUCCCAAGAGUCGUCACUCACAACUCCUCAUCACAGACUCGUCCGGCGCCGCGCGAGUCUACGAUCCGUUCGCGCCCGCCAGCCGCAAGCGAAGUGCAAGCGGUGGUCAGGCCCAGUCAGGUGCCUUUGUCAGCAUGUUCAGAUCGACUUUCGAAGGUUUCAAGAACGACUCAUACACGCCGGUGGUCCUUGCUGCUCGUAAACCCAUUAUUGACGCGGCCUGGACUUCUGAUGGUCAUCAUAUUCUGGCUCUUUUGGCAGACGGUGAAUGGGGAGUAUGGGAUGUAGAUCGAUCGGGUCCCAGCCCACCCGCAGAUCCAGCAGCGUUCUCUCUUCGUGGCUUCGUGGGCACAUCGGAGAAGGAAGGAAGCACAAACGGCGCAUCGAGUCCCAAGCGCAGCGGCCGGGGCUCGCUUGCACCCAUGACGCCUAACACACGCCGCAGAAAGGAGGAUACGUUGUUUCAUGGAAGCUCGACAAGCACGGCGGUCCCGACGGGCGGCGGCGUCUCAGUUGCCUCGUUACUCUCUGCAAACGGUGGGGCGCCUGAAGAUUCGGUCAUCAUUUGGUAUGGCUCCGAAAUCUAUAGGAUAGCAGAUCUCGCCAAGUUCUGGGCUCGCACCGCGUCUUCCAGCAGUGGAAACUCGUUACCCAGCCCUAGCCUUGCCCAGAUACAUGAUGUUUCUUUGCUUGGAGAGAGUAUCACUUCUAUCACACAGUUUGAAACCACGGUUCAGGCGUCUCGUAUGGCCAUACCCAGAGAUGCUUUGAUAUCCACAGAACACCGACUUAUCAUCACUGCGAGCACGAACCGACCAUUAGGACGAGAUCUUAACGCCAUGUUUGCACAAGAGCAGGCCGAAGGCGAGACGGCGAGGAGAACUGACCAAGCCUUGCUCUCCCAAGGAGAACUUGACGUAGGUGGUCUCGAUAGACUACUUGAAGAUAUGGAGGGAAGUGGGACUGGCAUUAAGAACCUGACACUUGGUGGCCCUCGAAAGGUUCUGUUUGCCAACUCGGCAGCCUAA